AUGGAGAGUCCAUUUAAAAACACUGACACCGACGCUUCUGCCGCAUCCACAAACGUCGCGCUGGAUGUACGAACAAACUUCCUCCAAAGACAUCCGGCCAUCACUCAUUUCGCAGUGUUAGCACUGUUUUUGACACCACUUGCUGCAGUGCCAUAUUUGCUGUCUAAGAGACGCAUCUCCGCUCUGUCCAGCAGGUUGGACGAACUCUCAGCUACAACUACUGUUUUGCGGAAGGAAUUAAAGACUUCUGCGACUGAGAAUGCCACGCGGAAGAUGGAAUUACAUCGCACAUCAGCCUCACUUGAAGCUGCAAGAUCGGAAUUCAUUCAGCUGCGUCGCAGCCUCAAACAGCUUCGUAUGGAACGCGAUGCGUCAGAGAUAAUGACGCAGAACGCUCUGAAGCAGCUUCUUGAAGAGAGAAACGAACGCUUGGCACUUCUCCCGCAGCUGGGUAUCUCGCUAGCUGAUGUCGCCGCAUUCAUGUACGAAGCCGAGUUGCGCCACGGUAGUGUCAUUGAUGCUCAUGGCGUUGAAAGGCUUCGCCGACUUGCGCUCGAAUUCCACAUAGCGAAGUCGGAGGGGCCGAGGUAG